AUGGAACCCCGUUCCGAUUCGGCGACACCUAAGCCCAGAGCAGAUCUCUCGCCUACCGACCAGAAUGGAUCUCAAAGUGAUAAAAAGAGGAAGUUACCUGGGGAGGAGAAUGCGUCCGAGAAAUCACAGCCUGCUCCAGACCGCCCCCUGUCCAAGCGGAAGCGCAUGGAAGAACGACACCAGAAGCUGCGAAAGCGCGGUAGAACACCUCCUUCGGCGUAUUCUCGCCGUGAUGCAGAUGAGACGGCAUCAGCUGCCAAUCGCAACGGUUCAACUUACCGAUCCACCUCACCCCUACCACCUCAACGGUCUCCUACUCCAGAGGAACAACCCCGGCAGCGCAAACGGCCCGGUGGUGGUGCUCGAAUGGGACUUGUAGAUCGGGAGACUUUGCGCCGGAGACAGGAAGAAAGAGAUCGUGCCCAGGUUGAAGAGGCGAUGCGGGCUUCCCAGGUCCGCGGCGUGGCAGAUGUUGUUCGUCAGCACUACAACGCAGUGCCGCAGCGCGGAAGGGAGUGGCGGAAGACGGAAAGCAAGAUCAAGGGCCUGCGGAGCUUCAACAACUGGAUCAAGAGUACACUGAUCCAGAAGUUUUCUCCGGACGAGGAAUUUCUUGCGCGAUUCAACGGCACCAAGGACUGGGCUGAAGACGGCGGCCUGCCUCCGGUAGAGGAAAAGCGGCUUCUUGUGGUCGACUUGGGCUGUGGCAAGGGUGGUGAUCUUGGGAAGUGGCAGCUUGCUCCUCAGCCAGUUGAUUUGUAUGUCGGUCUUGAUCCGGCAGAGGUGUCAAUCGUCCAAGCUCGCGAACGCUACAACGGGAUGAAGUCCGGACGUGGCAAUCGCGGCCGGCGUAACCCCAUCUUUCAUGCCGAAUUCCAUCCCAAGGACUGCUUUGGAGAAUGGCUGGGCGAUGUCGGCAUUGUCCAGCAGGUUGGCAUUGAUCCAAACGUGGGCCCAGGGGGUUCUAUCAUGAGCUCGCGGUGGGGCGGAGGCGGAUUUGACGUGGUAGCAUCCAUGUUCACGAUCCACUACGCCUUUGAAAGUGAAGAAAAAGCGAGGCAGAUGCUGCGCAAUGUUGCAGGAUGUCUGAAGAAAGGAGGCCGAUUCCUCGGUGUUUGCCCGAACUCGGACGUGAUCAGCGCGCGAGUAGCAGAAAUCAACGCGAAGAAAAAGGAGCAGGAGGCGCAAGCCAAGAAGGAAAAGACAGACGAGGCUCCUGAGGAUGGGGAGGUGGAAGAGGAAGACAACAAGGUAGAAUGGGGGAACCAGAUCUACCGGGUCCGUUUUCCCGUUGCGACUCCUGAGGAUGGUGUUUUCCGUCCCCCUUUCGGAUGGAAGUACAGCUACUUCAUGGAAGAGGCCGUUGAAGAGGUCCCGGAAUACGUCGUUCCCUGGGAAGCUUUUCGAGCUCUUACGGAGGAUUACAACCUCGAGUUGCAAUACCGCAAGCCGUUCCUGGAUAUUUGGCGUGAAGAAAAGGACGAUCCGGAGCUGGGCCCCUUGAGCGAGCGCAUGGGUGUCCGUGAUCGAGCCACUGGCGAACUACUCAUGACGGAGGAGGAACAGGAAGCGGCCAGUUUCUAUCAUGCAUUCUGUUUCUACAAGGUCUAG